AAGGGCUGUAUCUGCAUACUAGUGAGCCCAAUGUUCUAUAUUUUGCCAACCUUAUCCCUAUUUCUCAUUCCCUGUAUUUCUCUGUUUCUUCUUCUUUUUCCCAUCAGUCCUCUGGAUUUACAUAUAAAUUAAAACACUUCUCUCUCUCGAUUGCUGUUUCGAAAGUUCUUUCCAUUUUAUUGCUCUCUCAGCUUAUUAUCUUGGAGACUCCACUCUUGUCCUUCUUUUACGUCUGUGUAUGUCUCUGCAUUGCAUAUUAACUAAUCUUUGAACUCUCUUCAUUAUCUCAACCUUAGGUUAAUGAUGAUUAUGGAUUUGAAAACCAACGGGCAAGAGUCAGACGACAUGCAAAAUACCCCACCAAGCAGGAGCAGCGAACUCAAGAAAAGCUGUAUAGAUUGCCACACCACAAGGACACCUUGCUGGAGAAGCGGCCCGGCUGGUCCAAAGACUUUGUGCAAUGCCUGUGGGAUCAGAUACAGGAAGAAGAAGAGGAAUCUUCUUGGGUUGGACAAAGGAAGAGCAGAGAAGAGUAGAAGGAAGAUAGCUAAAAGCAGCAGAAGUGAAUUAGGAGUUCCCCUGAAGUUGGGAUUGAUGGUUGCUGGAAGAGAGGCAUUGUUGCAGGAAGAAUGGAAGAGGAAGCUGGGAGAGGAAGAACAAGCUGCUAUUCUCUUGAUGGCUUUAUCUUGUGGUUUUGUUUCUGCUUAGAACAAAAUCAUUGAAGAUUAGAGAAGGAUUUGAAGAAACACCAAUUUUGAUGUAUAAUUGAAAGGUGGAAAGCCAAAGAAUAUGAAUCAAAUUAUUCAGUGAAUACAGAUAUAAUAUGUUGUGUUUCCUUUUA